UCUUUAAAUUCAAAAUGGCCUCACUAAAGAAAAGAAGCGCUAGCGUUGACAACGUUGGGCAUUUUUACUACGAUUGGGCUCUUUCUCGAUACAAAUGGACUUCCGAGGAAAUCAGAAACAAGCAAAAUAAUCACUCAAUUCAAGAAAAUGGUUUAUCGAACGAAAACGGAGAGAUUAGAGGAAAAAAGCACAUAGACCAAGUACAACCUGUUGGCAUAGAGAAUUUGAUUCCUUUGAGAAUGAAUUUAGACGACAAUGUUAAAAGACCACUAAGGAAUAGAGAUGUAAAUCAACCUAUUCCAGAAGAGAGAGUCCCAAUCAAGCCUGUCUUAGAACAAAAAGAAACUACAGAUGUAAAGGAAGACGGUGCUUUAAGAAAAAAGAGUGUUUCAAAUGAACCUAAAGACGAAGCAUUAGAGUUAAUGAACAGCCAUCCAGCUAUGAUGAGUGUUUUGACCAAUCGUUUACUGCGACUAAGAGCUGCUGAGACAUUAUGGCAUAAGGACACUAAUGCCUUUUUGGAGUAUGUUCUGAGAUUGAAAGAUGAUGCUUUGUUAGUUGAUGUUAUGCCACUUCUUACAAGCAGAGUAAAAGAAAAUGCACCUGAAGGGCAGGCAUUAUCAAUGGGUGCUUGUCUUGAGAUGUUACCAGCACUAGAAAGACUGUUGGCUUCAAAAUUUGAAGAUUAUAUUGUUGUAGCAUUAAAUAUGGUACGAGAGAUGAUUAAAAGAUGGUGGACACAACUGAAGGCAGCUACUAGUGAAGGCAAUGACCCUAAGCACCAAAGAUGUAGUAGAAGUGUCAAUGGACUGUACAUGGCUAUGGUUUCAAUUUCUGCAAUUAUUGCUAGACUAAAAAGCCGCAAAGGGCGAGUAGCAGAGAAGGCUUUGAUUGUAUCGAGGUUGCUGGAUCUCUUAUGAUGAUGGUGUCAAAAUAUGGUACACGUACAGAAAGAGAUUGGCAUUAAUGGAGCUUAGGAUUAUUUUAGCACAUUGGUCUCUAGCUAUAGAGUGAUUUCAUUUAACCCUUCAUUGUACUGCAUUGCUCAUACUUUUUCCCUUUUGUUUUCAUUUGAUGUGUCAGGAGUUAAAUCAAAUCACUCUACAUAUUCAAUGUAUGUAAUACAUAUUAGCUUUAACUUAACGAAAAAAUAGAUGUAAAUUCUUUUGGAUUAGAAUCGUGUUUUUAUUUGUUAAAUAUAUUUGUGUUAUAAAUAUUUUUGAGAGUUUUGCAUACAAAUAGUAUGCCGUUGUAAUCUAAAAUCUUAAGGUUUGAUAAUUGUACAUACUUGUAAACUAGUCUAUGGUGUAUUGAAGGGUUUGACACAUCUUCGACCAGUUUAAUUUAAUUUAUUUGAGAUAAUGAUUAAUAGGCCAUUUUACGGAUCCCAUUACUCAACCUCAGCCUCAUCAGCGUGUAAUUAUUCUUUAGAAUUUGACUACAGUCCGCAGUAAUAAAAGGAAUUUACACAUCAA